CUUCCUCCACAGUCUCCCUCGAUCAUACGCUACACAUAACGAAAACCAAGAUGGCGGCAAUAGUGGGGAGGAUGGUGAGGAGUACGACAAUUUCUUGUCGAAUUGCACCGUUCUUAUCAAGGUUAUCUAAAAAUUCCACUCCAUUACUAAAGCCCCACGAAACUAGAUCCCGGCUUUUUAUUCCUUUCGGCUCGUUUCCUUCAUGUUGGAGGCGAUGGCAGUCCACUGAAGGCGCAAUUGAAGACAGAGCAAAGCUUAGGACUUGGCUUGAUAAAGCAAAGAGCGCAAACUGGCUCUCACGAUGGAUUAAUGAUGUUGAUGAAAUUGAAAGUUCGUUGAUGUCAGAUGAGGAGUAUGUGGAAAGAGAAAAGCUUAUACAAAAAAUGACAGAAAUGUACUUUGACAACCCUUCAAAAAAGUGGGAUGCUGAAUUCUUUGAAGAGGUUUUUGAUACUCUUAUGAAGUACAAUGACAGGGUAGGGACAGAAAUCUUUUUGGAAAUGAUGAGGGAAAUGCAAGUGGAGGUUAAUCCACAGUUACUCGCAAAGGUUGAAUUGUUUGUGAAGAAAGCCAGAGAUGCAUCGUGGUUUGAAGACUAGAUAAGUCAUUUUCUUGACUAUUGGCUUUUUUUAUUUAAAUAAGAACUUGCAAAAUGAAGCGGCCCGUUUGUUCUUAUAAUAUCAGCUUUUGUUAUUAUAUUUGUAGCUGAUUUGAAAAGCCUGAACUUAUUUUCUUUGUGCUCCAAGUUUAAACAUUAAUAAAUAGUAGUAAUGUUUCUGUUCAAA